GAAGCGUUUUCUGUCUGUGCCAUUCGCUGAUAUUCACAAGUUAAGUUUGUCUAACAUAAAUGUUUUACUCAGAGUUUCGCUCUGUUUCAAAACAUCAUCUAACUAUUUUAAGUGUUAGCUUAGUGAACAAGUCUGACUUGCCUGGCUGGAUUCUACAGGGACUCUUUCACUUCGGUCAGUUUUAACUUGGACCUUAGUGAAUGGGAAAUCCCUACAUCUCCAAAAGUUUCUAGUUUCGUUUCAUUAGUUAAAACGCUGUGUAACCAUAGCUUGCUGCUAUCAAUGGCUCCUAAGAAGAAAGCACUGCCUUGCCCUCUGCCUGAAGGAUGGAUCCUGACAGACACAGAAAAAAGAAAGUGGCGUCUCGGCAAAAUCAUUGGGAAAGGAGGAUUCGGACUCAUUUACCUGGCUUCAGACCAUGUGGAAUCACCUGUGACAGAGGAUACCGAUUAUGUGAUUAAAGUUGAAUAUCAUGAAAAUGGACCUCUGUUCUCAGAGCUGAAGUUUUAUCAAAGAGCAGCAAAACCUGAAAGCAUCAGCAAAUGGAAGAGAGUCAAAGGACUUGAUUUUUUGGGGAUCCCAACCUACUGGGGCUCUGGACUCUCCGAACAUAAUGGAAGAAGGUACAGGUUCAUGGUGAUGGACCGCCUGGGCACUGACCUGCAGAAGGUGUUUGUGGAAAACUCUGAACAGCUGAAGAAGCAGACAGUGUUGCAGUUGGGUUGCCUCAUGGUGGAUGUCCUGGAAUAUAUUCAUGACAACGAAUAUGUCCAUGCUGACAUUAAGGCUGCCAAUCUCUUACUGGGUUACAGAGACCCAGACAAGGUGUAUUUGGCUGACUAUGGUCUAUCAUACAGAUACUGUCCUAAUGGAGAGCAUAAAGACUACAAAGAGAACCCAAAGAAAGGACACAAUGGCACGAUUGAGUAUACGAGCAUUGAUGCUCACAGAGGUGUAGCCCCAUCCAGACGAGGGGACCUGGAGGUGCUGGGCUACUGCCUGCUCCAUUGGCAGUGUGGAACUCUCCCCUGGCUGUUAAUGCUCAGGAAUCCAGUACAGGUCCAGGAGGCCAAGGCCAAGCUCAUGGAUAACCUACCAAACUCCGUGAUCCAAAUGUCCACCCCUGGUAUCAGUCUAGCCGAGAUAGCCCAGUUCCUGCUUGCUGUGAGAACGUUGGGCUACAAAGAAAAACCAGACUACGAUGCUCUGAGGAAGGUACUAUCACAUGUCAGGCCCCGAGGCCCACUGGACCUCUCCAGACCGAGAGCAGCGGAGCCAUCCAGGUCAGCAGCAAACAGGGCCCAGCCUGCAGUGAGGUCAACUAAGCCAAAACCUGCGACUUGUGAAGAAGACCUCCAUAAACUUCACUACAGAACCAAAGAGAAAGCAAAGACAGAAGAACAGAAACCUUACAAGGUCAGUUCUGCAGCUGACACGCGUGCGAGGUCUAGGCCUGUUGCCAGUAACUAUGAUGAAGACCAGGAAGACGAAUACGAUCCUGUGCCACCGAGAUUCCACCCCAAAACACGAGAAGGUGCAAGGCAAAGGCAACGACAUGAAAAAUUGGCUCCAGCGUUUGGAAUGAGGAACAGAGACGAGGAUGGUUUGCAAAUGUGGAAAUGGCACGAUAAGACGGAGCGUCAGGAUCUCAGCCCUGAUGUCACUGAACACUGGGGAAGAAAUUACCACUCGUCGGAAGACUACUGCACAAGAACCAGGGAAGGGGACGACUACUGGGGCAAACCAAAAUAUAACUGCUGUGAAGAAACUGUUUAUAAUGAAUAUCAGUUGAAUGCUGAUGUAAACAGUAAAUACUACUUCACACAGAGCAACAGGAACAAUGGACAGAACUCACAAGUCCAACCUUUUAUACAGUGGAGCUGUAAAUUUUAUGCCUACAUCAUUACUGUUGCACUCUUCUUUUUUCUGGUUGGUUUUACUGUGUUUUGAACAUGCUGCUUGGUUUUCAUAUUCCAGCAUUAAGAACAGAUUUUCUUCUCCUGAAACACGGCAGCCAUUUUACAGAGUGGUCAUGGUUUUUGUAAAGCCAUUUUCACUGUGAUGGGCUGAGGAGAGGAAGAAAAAAGAGAAAUUGAGAUUAAAAUGUAUUUAAUGUAUAAUUCCAUGAACUUUUUAAUAAAUCAUGAUGUCUUAAAAGAAA